AUGUCUGCCAAAUCAUCAUCAAACAACACUCAGUUUGUAUACCAUGAAGAUGACAGAUUGAUUCAGACGAUCGUCGCCCCAUGUCUUGGGGAUUUGGGCCAUAACUUGACGUCAGGCCUGAAAUAUAAAGUGAAAGGAGCGAUUGUAAGAGAUGAUGCCUGUGGGACGACUUGGGAGUUUAAUCCGUUGAUGUUGAAAUUGUCGACGAAAUCCGGUCACCUCACCGUAUCAGGCACUGGACGAGUCAAUGCCAUCAACUUAGGCAUGGAUGCAGGAAAAGACAAACCUUUGCAAGAUGAAGUUUUGGUUAAUCAUCAACCUUUACUGCGAUUAAUUAUACCUAAACAUAACUCAUCGUCCAUUGACUGGACUGCGAUUCAGAAAGGAUCGGCGCUCGAGUUCUCCGGACAAUUCAUUGGCGAGGAACCUGACUCAGGAGUCAUCAGAUUACUUAUUGAGCCAUCUUUGUAG